AUGUCGCCCUCCAAGACGCGUUCCAAGUCCGUGGCCACCAGCACAGACACCUCCAUCAAACUCAAAGACCGCUGCCACGGCACCGUCACCACCACCUGCUGGAGCGAUGCACCCACAAAGUCCACCCGCUGCCGCAGCUGGACCUGCGAGAACCCGCGCGCGCGCUGCCCAGAGAUCGAGGCCAAGAUCCAGAUCCUCUUCCGCGUUCUGAGCAUCAUCCUGCACUUUGGCGCCUGCAUCUUCGUCACGAUGAUUAAUCACCAGAACUUCUAUGGCGUCGAGAAGUUGUAUCGCAUCCUAUCCUACUGCAUGCUCCUCAACGCCAUCGAGAUCCUGUGCCUCGCGAACCCAACCUUCACCCUCCGCCUCUCCUUCCUCCCGCGCCUCCGCCUCCCCUUCACGCGCCUCGCCUGCCGCCCUCCACGCACCCUGCACGUCUCGCGCUUCCCGCGGAUCCCGUCCAUCUUCCUCGCCGUGGCCGAAGGCGUCGCGCUCGCCAUUACGUUCUGGAGCAUGCUCAUCUUGCUGGAGCCGGGGCAGGACACCAUGAAUCUCUCGCUGCGGCUGGACUGCCCGAUCGAGACGUGCGUGACGUCCGAGGAGAACCUGAGUAUCUGCGCGUUUGCGCUGCAGAAUAUGAAUGCCGUGUUUCAUAUCGGGUUCUUGGUUAUGAGUGUGACGCACUGGGCGAAGCGGAUGGUGCCGAUUUGGGUGGACUACUUUGAGUGGUGUUGA